AAUGUUUGUUGAACACAAUGCAAAAGCAAGCAGAGGAACUUUUUCACAGUCUAUUCUAGGCUGUGGUCACAGGUUGGAGGAAAACACAGAUGUCUCCCUCAGAGAAACCUGCUCUCAUCAAACCUUCACUGACUGAGGCCCAGGCUGUCGAGUUGGUCGAGCGGUUGUACGGUCUGAAGGUCUCCGGUGUCCAACCAAUGCCCAGUUACAUUGACCAGAACUUCCACAUCCUGGUGUCUGAGAACCAGGUGACCAAAGAUCACAGUCAGAGCUACGUCCUCAAGGUGAUGAACACUGGUGACAGUGAAGAUGCUGAUUUAAUUGAAGCACAAACACGAGCCAUGAUAUUUUUGAGUGAGAAAGGAUUUCCUACACCCACACCAAUCCCAACUAUUGAUGGCAAGAUUAUGUCGUUGGAGACGAUUGAGCAAGGAAAUGAAUGCAGACAGCAUAUGAUCAGGCUGCUGACAUACCUGCCCGGGGUCCCAUUUGCCAAUCUCACUUUGGAUCAUCGGAUGUUCUACAAAAUGGGUAGAACCUUUGCCCAAAUGGACAAGGCUCUGCAUGAGGAGUUCUUUCACCCAACCACACAGAGUCUGCAUCGGGAAGGGUUCAAGUGGGGCCUUCCAUAUUUUCACCUCCUGGAAGAGUACCUGCCCGAAAUAGAGGAAGACAAAACACGUUCAAUUGUCAAGCAAGUUCUUCAACAGUUCAAGCAGAAGUUACUCCCUAACCUCAGCAAAUUUCGCAAAAGCAUUAUUCAUGGAGAUUGCAACGAGUACAACAUUCUGCUAGCGCCAGUGGAUUAUUUGGCUGAUGGUAUGACCGACAGAUCCAGCACAACACACACACAACCGGAAUUCCGCAUCUCUGCAAUCCUGGACUUUGGUGACCUGAGCUACGGCUGCUUUGUGUAUGAACUGGCCAUCAGCAUCAUGUAUCUGAUGACCCAGAGCACAGAGCCCCUCAGUGUGGGGGGGCACGUCAUGGCAGGUUUUGAAAGUAUCAUCCCACUGACAGAGGACGAACGCGAUGCUCUGUUCCUGCUGGUGCUCUGCAGGUUUUCUCAGUCACUGCUUAUCGCCAGCCACAGUGUGUUACUGCAUACCGAGAAUGAGGAAUACAUCAUGGUGUCGGUGCGGAAAGGCUGGAAGUGCCUGCACCAGCUGUGGCAGCUCGGCAAAGAGGCAGUCGAGAGGAUCUGGUUUGACACAGCCAGGUCCUAUCAGAGCGAGAGUGGGUAAGAGCUGAGUCAGUGAUGAGAGAACAAAGAUCCCAAAACUGUUUCUGCAUCACCUCCCAUCCUCCCUUAGAGACUGAAGCAGAGUUACAUUCUUUACUCAUUCCUCUUCCUCACCUCACUCUUUAAAGUCUGAAACUGAACAGGAAGAUGUCAUUUGGUCCACUUCUGUCCCUUGGACAGACCCUGGAUGGCCCGGUCUAGGGAAACUCUGCUGGGUCUGUUUAAUUUUGGGGUAAGUGAUGCCUCCAACUCUCACCUGAAGAGGUCAGGACUAUAAACCUCCCCGUAGGUUUGAUCAUUGUCAUUCUGUAUGGUGAACAACCCAUGUCAGUUUGUCCCUUGUCCCUGUCAGUCUCGUGUCCCCCUGUCAGACAGUCUCGUGUCCCCCUGUCAGACUGUCCCAUGUCCCCCUGUCAGACUGUCCCGUGUCCCCCUGUCAGACUGUCUCGUGUCCCUGUCAGACUGUCUCGUGUCCCUGUCAGACAGUCCUGUGUCCUCCUGUCAGACUGUCCCGUAUCCCCCUCUCAGACAGUCUUGUAUCCCCCUGUCAGACUGUCCCGAGUCCCUGUCAGACUUUCCCGAGUCCCCCUGUCAGACUGUGUCUGUCAGAGUUGCAUGACUCUAUCCUGUUCCUUUGUGAGACUGUAUCUGUCAGACAGUCCUGGGUCUAUGGAGAAAGUGAGGACUGCAGAUGC